AUGUAUGUAUCCCCGUGCAAAACGAAUUGAACUGAAAACCGAAACUCGCUCGGAAAUUCGAAAAUUCGAAAUCUGAAAAAUCGAACUGAUAUAAAUGAAACUAAAAUAUUGCUGCCCACCCAAAUGCCGACAACCAGGAUCCAAACGGCCGCCGACAUGCGCUAUCUGCACGACCUGAAUGUCCAGAUCUCCCAGAACCGUCGAUCCGUCUCCGUUUCCAAGCAACUGGACAGGGAUCUGUGCAACCAGCACUUCGACACCUUCGAAACGUUCUGGGGCAGACCAGGACAUGGAGCCCGUGGCGACAAGAUCAACAAACUGAAACUGGACAAUCUGCUCUACGGCGCCAGCGAAUCGGCGUAAGGCCAAGGAUUCCUGGAUAUUCAUGAUAUUCCUCACCUUCUGACUGGCUCGUAGUUUGUGUGCUUAAGUCAUCUGCUCAGAAAUCAAUCGAUGCCAAGACCCAUGAGAUCACAUUACUGGACUAAUUAUUCAUUUAUUACUAUUUUUGGUUCUCCAAGUUCGCAUUUCCAGUAAUAUUAACAUCAGCCUAUAUGCCAUUUGUACUAUCUCUGUGAAAAUUUUGCCAACUUGCUUCUAGUAAGUUGACCAAAGUUUUGAAUAGGUGGUUUUCCAAAUUAAGGGAAAACUAAAAAAUAUAGUCAUGGUGGUGAAUUACAAAAUCUCUUUGGAAGGAAAGUUUAGGUAGGUUAAUAAAUAGGUAAUAAAGAGAAAUAUAGAUCUACGAA